UGUCCCUAUACAAGCAUUUUUGUUCUGUGUGAAUUUUAAAUACGAACAAAACAGCUUAUAGCUUUUCGUCCCCACUAUUUGCCUUAGAAACAAAUUAUAUUUACUUAGUUUGAUUUUUAAUUUAACUGAGUUUUAUGCUUAAUUUCUAUACUUGUUCUUCCUUCAGAGCGCUCCCCCCAUCCAUAUACCCUUCAUCACGGAAGCUUGAAACGAACCUUUUUCGAACGCUAAAGAGUGCUCGCUGGCCGUUUCCAUGAGGACAACUGUAGCAUCCCAAACAACCUGGUCAGUGGAUAAAUUUGUUGAUGCAUUAAAUCAUUUGGAUUGUCAUUCAGCUGCUAUUGAGGAUCGGCUUGUUUCCUUCUUAAGCAAUUCUUCCAAGAAUGAACAUAACUUACAAAGCAAACGACAGUGGUCAUUUCAUGAUGGCUUAACGGCGUUUAGAGCCUGUUUAGAAAACCUGUCGAAGCUGUGGAGCACAUUACCCUCCCAGGAAAGGCCAGCCUGCCGAUCAUUUCUCCGUCAGUCAAAAACAAGCUCUGGCAGGAAAUACUUGCCCAUUGCCUCUCUCAUUCAAUGCUGUAGGUCUUUAUCUGCGUUCCUUUUGUCUCGAGCCGCGGAUCCUUCUCAGUUACACAAUUCAAUUCGCUACGAGUUGGCAUUUACUAACCGGCUCCUCGAAUUUGAAUUGUCUGAUAUCACGCUGAAAGAGCUUGAGAAAGCUUACAAUGCGCUGAAUUUCUUGCUUUCAUACAAAAACUCAGAAAACCUUGUUGAAUGGAAAAAUCAAUGGGUUACUGCUUCUCUUUCAGCCGCCUCCAUUAAUUUGGAAAAGUCUCUCUUCUUUCUGCUGUCGGAAGGGGAACACUCUGAUGUUUCAGUUUCUGUCGUUACGUUACAAAUUAAUGCACUUCGGUUCUUGUACUCCAUUCAACGACAACAGCUAUCUAAAUCAACUAUUGAAAGCAUUGUCUCACCAACUGGACCUGUACAUUGGUGUACAUAUCUUUUUACUCAAAAUCGUGAAGCUGGUAUACCUCGUCUUGAGAUGCUGGCACGUCUAUUGGCGAAGUUUGCCUCAGCUUCAGCUUACCCUUCACAUGCCUUUUUGUUAUACUUGUGUGCUUGUCAUUGUUGGCUACCGUUGGCUUCCAUCUCUGAAAAGUACAUUUUGAGUAUGGCUUCGACUCUUCUUAAAAGUCUCGCUCAUUGUAAUUACAAGCAGGUCUCCUAUCAAACAUUCCGAAAAUUCUUUCUUGAUCUCAAGGAUAUCCCAUUCACUAUAUCAACCCCACAGAAAGUUCAGAUUCUUUACCAGUUAACUCUUUUACACUUUCAUUACCAAGCUUAUUCUGAAUGCUUGAGCUACGCUUUAGAAGGGUUUCAAUCAUCUACUGAUAAUCCAUCCUAUAGACUGAGGUUUAGUGCUUAUAUAUACGCACUUAAAAUCCUUGGACUGGAAGUUCCACUUUCUUUCCCAGAAACAUUCUCCUCUGCGCUUUCAUUCUGUAAUUCUAAAGACAAUAAUCAUUCGCACGCAGAAACCCUUCUGGAUGUCUUGGAACAUCUGCAUCAAUUAUUUAAGUCCUCUGUAAACCUUUCAAUGCUAGCUGAUUUCAUUGGCUUAUGUUUUCAGCUGCUUCAAGGUAUUACUCUUUCUGCUUACGAAGAAGCUGCCCAAGAAAAGGUCGUGCAAAAGGCUAACAGAGUACUCAGUCUCGUUUUUCAACUUUUGCGAGAGCCAAUCGUCGCUGAACUCUUUGUACCAUAUUACAAUUACCUAUGUUCUUUUUGUAGGGCAAUAGGCUGUACAGAGUUUUUGCAUAGACUGUCCAACUUGCUCUACAAUUUUGCCAUAACAAGUGAGGAGAGAGGCAAAAAGCUCAGUCUUAUUGAUUCAAGCUUGAAAAUCUCUUACUUAUGCCCCUUCGUCUCCUCAGAUUUUUUGGUUAAGGCGCAUAAGUGGACUCAACUAAAUCUUCUAGACAAAGAUUUCCCCCCAAAUCUAGAAACUUUUCAGGAAUCUUUUCGACUGGCCGAUCACAUACUUUCCCAAGUUCCCCCUAAUGAUUCAUCCAUAGAUGAAAUAAUUGUUGUUAUAUGCAGUUCACUCCCAGACUUACGAGAGGAACAGUUCAGAAGCCUAUUUAUGCCUGCAAGUUCCCAGUUACUUUCAAAGUUUUUCAUUUACAUUCGAGAUCACGAUGAUGACAACAUCAAUGUUCUAAAUGUGCUGAUUGAUACACUAUUACACAAGUGUAAAAGUUUACGCUCUCAAUUGCUUAUUACAUGUUCUUACGGAUCCCUAGCGUUUGAGAACGCAUUCCCAUGCACUUCUCUUUCACAGGCGUUUAACAUACCGUCUGGUUGUUUCGAUGGCGUGCAUUCGAAAGCUUCCAUAUUUAUUUUGUCCAAUGUUUAUAAUUCAUGGAGGAAACUCUUGCGUUCGAAUAGACCUGCUAAGGCUGAUGUAUUGAAAGAAUUGCUGGCAUUAUGGGAUGCGCCUGGGACCAAACUUGUUGAGGAAGCAACGAGCCUGGAUUUAGAAAGAGAUGAGAUGUUGGAAGUAACGCGUUAUAUCUUUACGGUCAUGAACUUAUUAGAUAUUAACGACGAGCCCUAUGCCACUAUCUCGUUCUUAGAGCAGAUGCUACAGAUUUUCAAAAAAUCAUCUCAACACUCUGUUAGCGAGUAUGUUGUGUAUAUUUCUGUUCUACUUGCUGAUAAGUACCUCGAACUUGGUUAUUCUGGAAAAGCAUACAGUCAUUUUGUCUCCAGCAAAGCCUACUUUCGCAAGAGCAGUAUAACAAAACAACUUGUGAAUUUAUGGCGAAUUUGUUACUCAAAAUAUCUUGUGCGUACGGGAAACUUCGAUAAGUCAUUUGCCAUGCUCAAAGAGUGUUCGCUCUCCAAAUUAAAAGACAAUUUUUUCAGCCAUUUGGCUAUUUCGGAUCGGAUGAAGUUUCUAUUAAUUGAGGGCUGGGAACUUGGAUUGGCAUUUUAUUACUUGGGAUUUACGGAGUAUGCUUUGUGUGUUAUUCUUCACGCUUUAAAACUUAUAAAGGCGUUCACGUCAAAAGUCCACAAUAAAGAAACUACUAUUUCUUGCUGGGUACUACUACCUAUCUGUAUACGGUUGUAUGAGUUUUGUGGACAGCUAUAUGAACACAUGGGUUUGGUUCGCGAAGCUGAAUUCUUCCAUCGACAGGCUCUUGGAACUGCCAGGAAAACUGGUAUUCAAGUUUCUGCUUUACGGAGUAAUCUACCUUUAUCCCUAUUACUAACAAAAAGUGGACGGACUGCCGAAGGCGAAAAGUUACUGGUUGAAUCAGAAGCAUUACUAAAACUCAACCAACCCUACCAUAAGCUACUAUGGUUACUUACGGCCGCAGAAUCACAUGAAGCGAACGGGUGUAUUGACAAAACUAUGGAUACUUAUGCCAUGUGUUUAGAUCUCAUCAAUACUAUGUUGUGCAUAGACUGUUCCAAAAUGGCACAGCUACCUUCAUUGAUUGCGGAUUUACAUUCGUUAUCUCUUUCGCUUGGAUCUUCUGAAAAUGACAAUAAAGGUGGUAUGGGAACAGCAGUUCUUAACGAUUUAAAAGCAACAAUUACACGGAAACAAUCACUACAUAUGGCUAGUCAGUAUUGCAUAGACGAUGCAAAAAGGUUAUUUAAAGACUCACUUCGUAAGAACAUUCUCAACUUCUACAAUACGGUGUCUUCCAAAAUUGCUCGAUCAAAAAUUAUGCUAUACGAAACAGAGUACACACUGAAGAGUGAUCCUGUUUUACGAACCUUACGGGAUUCAGUUAUUUCUCUUCCAGGAGUAAGCAAACAAAAGCAAAAACAAACUAAGGCAUUUAUUAGUUUAGAUAGUCCAAGGUUGCGCUCAAAUCUUACUCAGAAAGGCGAAAGCAAAAUGGACAUUCUUCGUGAUCGUUUACGUGUGAUUCUUGAAUCAGCAAGCCGAAACUGUGAGGAAAUAUUCCAGGAGGUUUACUCAAAGGGCUCAGUACAGUUAUGUCGUAACACAAAUGAGUUGCUUUUCUACACGACUAUUAUGCAAAACGGGCUAAUUAACCUCGAUCCUCCGAAAGAACCAGACGCUGUUAUAGCUUCUUAUUUCUUAGAAUCAAGUAAAGCAUUGGGCAUUUCUCACCGCAUUUUCUUUCGCAAUCUGUCGCGCAAAAUCGAUCUGAAGUCCCAAAUUCAAUUUGAUGAUGAAAGUAUCGUCAUGCGGCGACUCCCGAAGGUACAAGACUUUAAAUGCGAUGUUAUUGAUACACUUCCACUCAAUUGGAGUAUCGUAAGCAUUGCUAUCAGUGAGUCAAAAGAAGACUUAUUUCUUUCUAAAGUUCGAAAAAAUCAAAAUCCCCUUGUUGUUCGCCUCCCUCUUCAGCGGCAUAAUUCACGAGAUGCUGAUGAGGAGAUAUUCUUGUUUCAAUCUGCCUACGAUGAGCUUCAAUCUAUCAUUGAUCGGAGUAAUCAAAUUACUCGUGAAGGAAAAGACUAUAAAACAAGAGAAGAAAAAGAAAGAUGGUGGAAAGAACGUCGGGAAUUAGACUGUACGCUAGCUGCACUCUUAAACAAUAUAGAAUCCUGCUGGCUUGGCGGAUUCAAGGGUAUUUUUUCAUCCAAAAGGCCUCACAAAGAAAGCUUCAUGCGGUUUUCCUAUCAAUUUAAGAGAGUUCUUGGUAAAAAUCUUACAUUUCUUACUAAGAAUUCAUCGAUUGAUUUGGCACCAGAGAUAUUGGAGCUUUUUAUCAAUCUCGGACCUCCAGACUCGGAGGAUUUUGAGCAGUUGUUGGAAGACCUUAUUUACUUUAUCCUUGACAUCUUUAAUUUUCGCGGUAUUCAUUUUGCGUAUGAUGAAAUCGAUCUCGAUCAGGUAACAGUGGAUAUACAGGAAGCCCUUAAAUCAUAUCAUGCUAAUUGCAUUGAGGAGGAAUCCGACAACGAACACACUGUUCUUGUUCUUGACAAAAUAGUACACGCUUUUCCCUGGGAGUCUUUGCCUUCCUUAAGAGGAAAGUCUGUAUCUAGGGUACCAUCCUUUGAAGUGCUAAAUCGUCUUAUAUUAGCAGAUAAGACUAUUGACAAUUCAUUUGUUGAAGUCGAUCCUAGCAAAGGUUCGUACAUUCUUAAUCCGGCAUUGGACUUGAGAAACACUCAGCAGAAAUUCGAGCAACAAUUAAUCCAAUUGGGAUGGCCUGGAUACAUUGGAAAGCCGCCAACUUCCGAUGAGUUUAAGAACUUACUCAAACAUUCUGAUGUUUUUCUCUACUUUGGUCACGGUGGUGGGGAGCAAUACAUCACGUCUCAGGAUAUUAUGUCGCUAGAUCGCUGUGCUGUCAGCAUUCUCAUGGGUUGUAGCUCUGGCGCUUUACACGAAUCUGGGCUAUACGAGCCAUGGGGAACGCCUGUUAGUUAUUUGGUCGGAGGUUGCCCGACUCUUGUCGCAAAUCUUUGGGAUAUAACGGAUAAAGACAUUGACCGAUUCAGCCAAAACAUGCUUGAAAGAUGGGGACUUUUUGCCAAAGACAGACUGCGGCCAGCCUUAGACAUUUGCCUGGCUGUCAGUAAAAGUCGAGACUGUUGCCAUUUACGCUAUCUCAACGGUGCGGCACCGGUAGUGUAUGGUAUCCCAGCUUUCAUUAAACCCGUGCGACGAAUUUAAUGAGUACAAUGAAAAAUUACGAAAUGAGAACGGCCAAAUGGUCAUAAAUGGGUGGAGCCUGCGUUUUUGUGUGUUAACUAAUAUUGAAACGGCAGCUAUAUGCUAUGAAAUUAUAAAGGCGCAUAUGUAGCUAUGGUUAGUAGACGCGAUGUCUUUAAUUUUUGUGUACUGGUAUUCACUGCUCCCUUGUAAGCGCAAGUAUGUAUGUAUAAGAAGCACUAGAGACGACAUCGCUUCUCUAUGCAUCUGUUUCUUCGGCAGCCUCAUCUGCAGGCUUGCAACGUUCAAUGAUCCAUUUUGCAACGUCACGAAUAUAUUCGGUUACCUCUGGCUCCUUUUCGAUGUGAACUGGGAGUAUGUUAGUAAUGAGAAACCUUCGUAGUUAGACGUACGAGAAUGAUAGUAACCAGGGU